CAAACGAAUAUAAUCGUAAUCUUAAACAUUAUCAGAAAUUUACUUUAGAUAACACCAAGUUAUUUUAAUCUCGUAUAUCUGGGUGGAGAAUUUAGUCACAAAAUGUCAACAAUCCAAAAGUGAGGUUAUAUAAACGUCAGUUGUAACUUUUUAAUCAAAAAUUUAUAAAAACAAGUACAAAAAGCGUUAGAAAAAUGUCGCGGCAAACGAAUACCGAACGAAAAAUGCCUGAAAAGCUGCUCAUCCUAAAUGAUCGAGGUGUCGGAAUGCUCACGCGGAUUUACAAUAUAAAAAAAGCGUGUGGUGAUGCAAAAUCAAAACCGGGAUUUUUAUCAGAUAAAAAUUUAGAGUCGUCUAUUAAACAUAUAGUUCGUAAGUUCCCGAAUAUCGAUGUAAAGUCACUUGGACCAUUGGGAAACAUUCGAAACGAUAUUAUCAAGUCUUUAUCUCUUUAUUAUUACACUUUUGUGGAUUUAUUAGAUUUUAGAGAUAGCGUAAGCGAGUUGUUAACCUCAAUGGAUGCUUGGGGUGUUAAUUUAGACAUUAAUUUAAAUUUUGAGUUAACAAAGAAUUAUUUAGAUUUAGUUGUAACAUUUGUAAGCUUAAUGAUUUUAUUAUCUAAAGUGGAAGAUCGCAAAGCGGUAUUAGGCUUAUUUAAUUCCGCCUAUGAGAUGAUACAUAAUCAAAUGGAUCAUAGUUUUCCAAGAUUAGGGAGUAUGAUCACUGAUUAUGAUGUUCCAUUAAAAAAAUUGUAUGAGGAGUUUGUUCCUCAUGGUAGGAUUUUAAUGGGGGCGCUAAAAUCGUUGGAGGGAAUUUAUUCGAGUAGGAACGUCCCCGCGGAUACUUGGAGGGUCGAUUUAAAAUUAAGUUUAGUUGGAAACCCCGCUUGCUUGGUUAAGCCUUUAAUGGGGGAAAAAACGAUGUCUUGCGAGUACCUCUCAAUGGACACCAUGGAUCGUUGGAUCAUUUUCGGGGCGGCUUUAAUCCCGCAAAUUAUCCAGGUCGAAGGCGGUUUCAAAAUUUGGGGGAAAGCCUUGGAGUCUUGUUGGGUUAUCCCGCUAUUUCGGGACGAAGUGAUUCACAUCCACCCCUAUAUCAUUUCUUAUUUCGACGCGCAAAAGGGUUAUGGGAAAAGAAUUUCGGAAGUUAAGGAGUGCCAAAGUCACGCGAUUCAAAAAGCGGGGUAUAAACAUAGAGAGAGGCGCAAAUUUUUGCGGACUGCUCUGAAAGAGUUGGGGUUAAUUUUAACUGAUCAACCUGGUUUGUUGGGGCCGAAAGCUUUGAUGGUGUUUAUGGGGUUGUGUUACGCUCGGGAUGAGGUGCUUUGGUUGUUGCGGCACAAUGAUAACCCGCCGUUGCAAAAAAAUAAGGGGAAAUCAACUGAGGAUUUGGUCGAUAGGCAAUUACCGGAGUUGUUGUUUCAUAUGGAGGAGUUNAUCAAAAUGAAUUUUAAAUAA